CCCCACAACAAGUCCAACUAAAGGAAGGAAGGCAUAUCCAGCUGAAGCUGUUCAAUGGAGCCACUACCUUUUCACCUGUACUUCUAAUUUCUACUCAAAAAUGGACCGGAAGAGAGAAAACUUAAAUGAGAACUGAAGUUAACCGUGCACUUUUGAUACCUUAGGGCAAAGUGCCACACCUUCGCUUAUAGCAGCCUUAACAGCUCUACCACACAGCUGGCCAAAUGGGGUGCCAAUGCUGCAGGAUGAUAAAAAGCUACAUCUAUGACCCCUCGGUGGCGGUGGAUGCAAGGAAGACCGACUCUGCAGCCAACUCGCUCUACCAGCCCCAACGCCGUCCCGGCAGCGACCUGCUCCCCGGCCUCAACCAGCAGAAGCAGGGCUUCAACAACCUGGGUUACAGCAAGUCCAACGAGAGCACACUAAAACUAGAGGUGGACAACAACCACGUCAACUACGUCAAGCACGCGGCCCCCGCAAAGGAGCUGCUCCGGCAGGGGAGCACACCACCUGCAGACGGAGGCCUGUACAUCAUCCAGCCAGAGGCAUUGGGACCGAGAUGGGUCAGUCAGGAAAAAGGCCCGAUCCAGGUGCCCAUUUACCCCAACAUACAAGACGAGUACGAGGACCAGAGGAGCCAUGGCCAGCGGGGAUGCAGAGCAAUGACAAAUGAGUGGGACAGCUCCGUCAUCGAGUGUGUGAUUGGCAGAGAAAGCCUGUCAGCAGAUGAGACAGACGAGGGCGUGGGAGGGACACCGGAGCCCCCGUGCGACACGGGGGACGAUUGUAGCGCCCUGUCGGUGGACGUCCACACCAGCACCACCAGCCUUUCCUCGGCGGACACCAGGGAUGAGCCCACACUGCCAAAGAGUCUGGAUGUAUCCACCAUCGAGAGCGGGAUCUCGGUGAUGAAGAGCGAUGACGAGGAGGAGGUGCACAGCGUUACGGACUCCAUGGUGGCCGAGGCUCUCGCUGCUUUGGAGGCCGCCACCGCCGGGGAGGACUGUGAGUGACAGACCCCUGCGCUGCCUCUCGCUUAUCACCAAAUAAGACCCGAGUGUGACUUGAUGGAGCAUUCAAACCCGCUUUGUGUUUUUAUCAAAGAGCAUGGAACGAAUGAAGGAAAACUCUCCCUACAAAAAUAAGUACAGAUGUAUUUUUUGAACUCAAAAUGUUAGAUAUUUUUUUAUUGUGGUUAUACUGACAGAAGAUGAUGUCCGCCUUGUGAAUAAGGCAACUUUUUCCAAUACCACACAUGAAUGGAUGUGUAGACUGCAGCCAUAUCGGCCUGUUUUGUAUCAAGUGUAUUUACCACUCCACGGUCCUAAUGGCCCUGUAUGUGCUCACUCACUACUUUGCCAUGUCCAUACUGCCCUUGUUAGAAGUUAGAAAAAACCAACAUGUUGCUACUAUCACAUUUUGGCUCAUUUUCGGAGCAAAGCUUUGAUAAUUGCAAGCAUAGAGACAAUAUUUCCUUUGUAAACAGAUUAUGCCAUGGCUUGCUUACUCUUCAGGAACCUCGCCCUCGCUUCACCGAGCAGGCGUAAGACUAAAGGUCAUUUUUGUAUACCUAUUUUGUCUCUAUCUCUUGUUAUUUAUAUCUUCACUUGUCAUCCUUUUUUGAUUCACUGUGAGAAGAAACUGGAUGUUGUUGGAGAGAGACUGAGGAAGCAGUUCUUAUUUAUAUCUUCUUGUUUUCAUCCAUAUUGUAUCUACUUUGAAAUUUAGAAAAAUUUGUGUACACACUGUUCUUACACACAGUCAGUGUAAACACAUGUACACUGACAACUCUUUCCUUUUUUUGUCAAUUAAAAAUAAUGUAACUUGUUGCACAACAUUACAGUGUAAGACCAUAUCAGAUCUAUUCACAUUUAAAUCUUCUGCACGUUACCAAUGUGAAAUGUAACACCUGUACAUUUCUCUCACUUUGCCUUCGUUUUUCAACUUUAGCUGAAUUUUGAAUUAAUGGUAAAUAAACCACAAAGAGUCCAUCAAUUUACACAACUAACUGUUUUUUUAUAUUAAAAGCCAGGCUUUGUGUUCUUUAGUCUGGCCAUCGACAUUAGUUCAAUCCGAAGCUUGCCUAAGAACUAUGUGCCUAAUAACGAACUAACUGAGGCUAGAUGGUGCAGAGAAAAGAGUGUGUUAAAGCUUAAUGAGCUGUUGUGAAUUAUGACGUUCUUAUUUUCUUUCACCGCAUCUCACCUUUACACUCAUUGUAUGCCUGCCAAAUCAUUUCUACUUAAUAUAUAUGUAUGGUGAAAUAAAGAAAUGUACUUUAGAGAAA